UCUCUCUCUCUCUCUCACUUUCUGUCUAGGCGAUCCUUCUGAUCUUUUCUGCGUUUCAUCGGUUCUGUAGAUUUUUGGUUAGAAAGAUUACCCCUUUGCUGAAACUUGUUAUGAUAUAAUAAGUUAUAAUUAUUGGCGUCAAUGGGGCAAAGAAAUAUGCUAUGCCCUAGUCAGAUGAUGGAUUUGGAAAUGUAUCAACAAGGUGAAGCUUAUCUCUGUCCGCCACCCUCCAUCCACUUUGGCGGCUCAACUGGCGGCUCAACCAGUAUCCAACAGCCUAAUAUUCACACUAUGGUAACAGCUUCAGGGAGCAGUACUAGUUUUGAUGCCCAACAUUUACCGGAGCGUUAUGAGAAUGCCCCAUUCUACGGAAUGACCCAGUAUAACGGUCAGCCUCAUCAUCUUGAUUUGGGUGUUGCAACUCCAGCUAACUUUUAUUAUUCGUACAUGACCCCUUCAUCUAGCUCUGGAGUGUUACCUGUUCCUAUGAAUCAUGGGGCCGCUGAGUCAGUGCCUUCUUCUAGCAAUUAUGGAGUCGUCGGAAUUCCUGCAGAUGAGUAUGGAAGGAAUAGUCGGAUCAUGGAUGAUCUCAGAGGUCCAUGCAAGAGAAAGAAUCCCGAAUGCCUGCCUGGGAAUUUCCAAUAUUUCAAUGCCUCUGCAAGCCCUAGUACUUCUGUGCCACCUUUGAAUAUUAGGCAUCCUGAAGGGGUAGCUGUAAUGGAUGCUGUAAACUUCGCCUUACCUCCUCAGUUCAUUGGAACUGGCAAUCCACCAAUUAUGGAAGCUGGUCCCCAGAUGAGCAUGAGGAACCGUUCAGCUACAACUGGGUUGGAAACUGUACCAACACAUGAUCACAACCAUAUGAGUCAAGGAAACUAUGUGGGCCAGCGCUUUCAGCCAGCUGGAACACUGUGGUUGGACCAACACUUAAGUAGUAAUAGUGGAGAUGGAGGCGCUUCAGCCUGGAAUCAAGUUCCUAUUCCUUUUAUGCAUGGUGGCAAUGUCGGCGGAGGUUCCAUGGACAGUGUUAACAUGGGUAUGCAAAGAUAUCAUGAUUCAUCUAGCAGCAGAAGUUCGUCUAUCCUCCGACAUCCUCCUCCGCUCAACCACCGUCAUCAGAAUCAUCACGUAGCUACACCACCCAUGCAAGGAUUGAGUGGCCACAACCUGAAUCUUCCUCAUGUAACCACAGAACCUUCAUAUAGACUACCCUCAAGUUCUUCACGCGGCUCCACCAGGAAUCCAUCUCAGAAUGGUAUGGAGAUCGGUCGUAGGCAACCAGGACCUAUUCCACAAACCGGCUUUAGGAUAUACAGGCCUCACCAAGGAGUAAUUUCCGAGACAGCUCUAAGACACCACAACCUUGCGCAUUGGAGAGUUCUUGGGGUUGAUGAGGGUGUCAUACUAGACGUUCCAGAAUUUGGCAACUUUGGUGACCAGCACAGAGAUAUGCGGUUGGACAUAGAGGACAUGUCGUAUGAGGAGCUUCUUGCAUUGGGGGAACAAAUUGGCCAUGUAAACACUGGAUUGUCGGAGAACAGCAUUAGCAAACAAUUAAAGACAAGGAGUUAUUUAUCAUCUCGUACAGUAAUAAAUCUGGAAGAAGCUGGAUGUCCAGAGAAGGAAGUUGAUUUUUGCAUAAUAUGCCAGGAUUAUUACAAGAACCAGGAAAAGAUAGGGACUCUUCAUUGUGGACAUGAGUAUCAUGCAGAUUGCUUAAAGAAGUGGUUGCUUGUGAAAAAUGUCUGCCCCAUCUGCAAAUCCGAAGCACUGAUCACAGGGAAGAAGGAUGUAUAGUUGAGUGGUGGACAAAUCGAUGAUGAUCAAAGGGAUUCCCCUUUUGUUCUUUUGACCAUUUUGCUUAUUUUGUAUAUGAUUUCGGAUACAGAAUAUAGUGCCCAGCUCAAUCAUUUGUUGGCUUUUCUAAACAUUGGUCCUGUAUCUAUGAAACUUGUACAGACUUCUUUUUGUUCAUAUUUUAUUUUAUUCUCUCAUGAUGCUGUAAUAACUUACGGUAAUUAUGUUCAUUUGUGACAAUUCUUUGGUGACCAUAUUCAGAAUGAAAAUUCGAUGUCAUUUGUUUAUU